AUGCGUGAAGGCUUUAAGCCUCAGGUGGCCGAUACCCACGUCGAGGCUGCCGACGUCAAAAACCCAUUCGCAGAUGUGAAGUCGGGAUACGUGAUGCUGCACACGAAGCUGCGGACGGCGAGGGUCCUGCGUGACUUCCUGGGACGCAUCCCCCCCGAUUGGAGUUGGAACAUCGAGGACGCCAGAGGUCUGUUCAUCGAUUCUGGAACUUUCAUGAGCCAGUGGCCGGUAGCCGCAUUCAUGGACGACGAGGAUGUGACUCAUGAGGUCCUCGUUGCGCUGGUCGCUUGA